AUGAGCAAAUCAGCUAAGCCUCCUCUUCAACGCGGAGUGCAAUCACUAAAAUUUACCAAAACGGAUCCGUCAAGCCCUACCACCGGCACUGCUGUCCGAUUCAGCACCGCCAACUCAGGACUGGGCUUCAGUAACCCUAACUUCGCAGACCCCACCGGAAAUCCCGUCGCCAUGGCAGACAACUACAAGGAGUUCGAUGGUGACACUGCCCCUAUCAUACCGGAAAUCAAGAUCAGUUCUUACUCGUUUCGUGUCAGAGAGAUUAUUCUUGCUGUAGUGUCACUUGUGGCAUUUAUUACCUGUUUGGUGCUCAUUGCUUUAGUUGCAACGAAUGGUAAAAAUGCGCAAGCAAACACCUCAGGAGUAGCAGCCACGCAGACUGCUCUAAGAACGUUGUGCACAGACCCAUCGUGCCUUAAGGCGGCAUCUUGGGCCGUUUCGAACAUGAACACUUCAGUGAACCCAUGUGACGACUUUUUCGAGUACGCUUGCGGCAACUACCAGACACAGAACCCGCUAGAUCCGGAUGUUCGACAGCGGACGAUCUUCUGGAACAUGUACUACGAAAACGAAGACAAACUGCGCUCCCUGUUGGAGGUCGCGCCCGCCAGAACCUCCUCCUGGUCCUCCGAAAAGAAACUGAAGGACUUCUUCAUGUCUUGCAUCGAUGACUACGGCAAGAUGAAAGCGGGUGGUCGCACGUUCAUCGAGAAGAUCGUGGUGCCAAUGGGUGGCUGGGAUGUCCUCAACACGUUCAACGCGGACACGUUCGACCUGAAUUCGGCUCUGCAGAAGACAAGCGUCGACUUCUGGACUGCGGCACUAUUCACCUUCCGCGUUACAACGGACCGAUAUGACCGGACGCGGAGGGUAAUCGAGGUGGACAUGUCGGGUAUGGGGAUGUCGUGGACGUACUACACGCGCCCCACAACCGAACAGAUACGGCGUGAUUACAAGAAAUUCAUGCGGACGGUUGGUCAGUUGCUGGCCCGUGACUCGGGGCUUACCCUGGACCGUGAUGUCGUCGCAAACAAGCUUGAUACGUUCGUCAACGAUGCCUUCGACAUAGAGUUUCAGCUCGCCAAUAUAACAGCGAACACGGUGCCGACAGAGGAUCCCCACAAUCACGACCGGCGGGUCUCCCUGACCGACCUCACCCAGCAGACAAACAACGUGGUGGACUUUGUAAGCUUCUUUCGGUACAUAUUCGGGCCUGAGAACGUAAACGGCGGAACGCGCGUGGUCGUAAAGGAGGACGACUGGGUCCGCCGGAUGCUCCAGAUGGUCGCCGACCUCCCCGCCACCGAUAAGAACAGGAAGCUGAGCAACUACCUGAUCUGGCGGCUGGCGCGGCGGUACGCCCAGGAGAUCUCGUACGAGUACACGCACGCAAAUCGGAUCUUCUACGAGGAAGUGUGGGGCUGGAACUCAUUCUACGGUGACUGGCACCACUGCUUUUGGCACGCGAGCCACGCCCUAGGAGACGCCUUGGGUGCCCUGUACGCCAAACAACACUUCAAGGACAAAAACAAGAGCAAGGCUGAGGAGAUCGUCAAGUACAUCAAGGAGACGCUGAUUGCAUCCCUAGACACUAACAAGUUUCUCGAUCAGCAAACCAGGGACAAGGCCAAGGCAAAGUUGGCGGCAUCCACGGACAAGAUGGGCUACCCGGACAUCUACAUGAACGAUGCAGAGCUGGACAGCAUCUACCAAGACAUCGCCAUUAACCGGUCGGACUACUUCCAAAACCUGUUGAACUUGAAUGUGUUUGAGAAAGAGGACUGGACGAGGCGAUUGACAAGCGGGGAGGACAGGUCCCGUUGGAUCUACAACUCGUACGACACAUGGAUGACCUUCUACAACUACUGGAACCAGCUGCUGGUACCUGCGGGCAUGCUGCAGUUCCCCAUCUACGAGUGGAAUCUUCCCCACUACUUUAAUUUCGGCUCGAUGGGCGGCUUGGUUGGCCACUACAUGAUCCACGCCAUAGAUAACUGGGGCCGUUACUAUGACGAGAACGGGCGGGUGGACGGAGGUUGGUACACAAACGCCAGUCUAGAAGGUUACAAGAGCACCCAGAAGUGCUUUGCCGCCGCCUACCACAAUAAAACCAUGGGGCCAUUCCGGAUAGUCGGACAAGCAUCACCUCAAACUCUUUUGGUGAACGGUGCACGGUUUGCAUGGGAAGGCCUUGCGGAGACCAGUGGUCUGAAAAUCGCCUACAAGGCGUACCGAAAGUGGGUUGCAGACAAGGGUGAAGAGAGACCGACACCGACGCCCCACUACACCAACGACCAAAGUUUCUUCCUCUCCUUCGCCCAGACAUUCUGUUACACACGGACGGACGCACUCGGUUAUUAUUACGCUUCUGCACAGAGGAUACCAGAAAAUAUCAGAGUGAACACGGCCCUGUCACUGUCGGAGGAGUUCACGGCCGCCUUCCGGUGUCCAGCCACCUCUAACAUGAACGCCGCCAACAAGUGCGACACCUUCUGACACGGGAAUAUAGUUACUAAUUGUUAAUGAACUUUGUACAUAUAUUAACAUAUAUCUAUUUACAUUUCAUUAAAGUCAUGUUGUACUUUUA